CGACUUCAGAUGGUGAAUGCUGCACGGGUGUCGCAGAAGGGUUUCGGACAGAGGCAGCCCAUACAGCCAGCAACCCACGGGAAAGGCCCCCUGGCGCUGCACAUGUACAGAGAGAGACAUGGUGUUGUAGAAUUGUUGCUGCCUAUUGGAAUCGCGAUGUGAGUCUAGACGAAUAAGACGCACCCGUUUGUAUGAAUAAUGGGUUGGAUAGCUAAGAAUAUCUGGUGGUCGCUGUUCUUGAAGUCCAAUGGUGAGCCCAUGUCGCAUUCCCGUUGCGGCAUAUCUCAAUCACUUUUUUCUUCACCUGAAUCCACCGAUAUUCACCGGCCUUGUCUUUGAUUUUGGUUUGCAUCCCUUCCAUACCCCCUUCUCGCUAUCUCUGCUGCUGCUCUGUUGCUGGUAGUCCCCCCGCUACCGCCCGCCGCCCCUCUUGACCCUGAUUGUCCCCUCGCACAUCAACACCAACAACGUAUAGCUCUUUUGGCGGCGACAGUGAUACCUUUAUAUAUAUAUAUAUAUAUAUAUAUUCCGGUUUGCCGUGCAGGCCUCCGCCCUUCUCUUUUUUCCAACCACCUCUUCGCAUCUUGCAGCGGCUUGCCCCCGGGGAGUCAUCAAUCAAGAGGCACAUGAUAGCACAGCAUUACAUUAGCAUUGACUGCAAAAGCAACCCUCUCCACUUCUGCUCCCUCUCGCGAGUCGCGUCGCCUAACGAUCCCCGCCCAGCUAACGAAUAAGCUGCUUCUGCUGCCUCUGCCUCUGCUGCUGCUGCUGCUGCUUGCUUGCUUGCUUGUCUGGUCUUGUCUUGUCUUGCCGUGCCCUGUUUGCUUGCCUCCCACCCCGUCGUCCAGCCACUCCAUCCGUCCACACCCAUCGUCCAAGCCCGCCGCCUCACCUCACCUCAUCACAUCACCCUACUUACCCAUCACCUACCUCUCCAGCCUCCCCGACUCAUCCCUCGUCCACCUCCCUGGCCAAGCCGUGGAACAUCGCCAACAUCCUUCUCUGCCGUCUUCGCUGCAUCCGCCGUCCGUCGUGCAACCAUCUUCCGUGCAACCCUCUCUCGUCUACAGUAAGUAGCCCCCGCGUACCCUGUCCGUCUCUGCCAUGCCGCGCCCUGCCCUGCCCUGCCCUGCCCGGCCACACCCCGAUCCGUCCACUCGUUGUUUUGCUGCACCACACACUCUCUCUCUCGCACCGCCUGCCUGCAUUGGUUCCGACGACGCUUCCUCUGCUACUUCCUCCGCCCUGCGACGUACCGCCGCACAACAACAUCAUCAUCUCGACUGACCGACCCAGAUUGCUCUCCCGUCCCCUUCUUUUGGACGCCCUCGCACACGACCCACAACCCGACGCCAUAUCCGUUUUCUCUAGACACCGCCUCGACCGCCUGCUGCCAUCGCAACAAUGGCUGCACCCACCACCCAAUCCCUCAAGUGCGUCGUGACCGGUGACGGUGCUGUUGGCAAGACAUGUCUUCUCAUCUCGUACACGACCAACGCUUUCCCCGGCGAAUACAUCCCCACCGUCUUCGACAACUACUCCGCAAAUGUCAUGGUCGAUGGCAAGCCAAUCAGCCUCGGACUUUGGGAUACUGCAGGUCAGGAGGAUUACGAUCGUCUUCGUCCCCUCUCAUACCCCCAGACCGACGUUUUCCUCAUCUGCUUCUCCAUCGUCAGCCCUCCUUCCUUUGAUAACGUCAAAGCCAAGUGGUACCCCGAGAUUGACCAUCACGCCCCCGGCGUGCCCAUCAUCCUCGUCGGCACGAAGCUCGAUCUCAGGGACGACGAAGCCACCAAGGAGAGCUUGCGCCAGAAGAAGAUGUCGCCCAUCCAGUACGAACAGGCUGUCAUGGUCGCCAAGGAAAUCAAGGCCCAGAAAUACCUCGAGUGCUCUGCUCUGACUCAACGAAACCUUAAGAGCGUCUUCGAUGAGGCGAUCCGCGCCGUUCUGAGCCCCCGCCCCACAGCCGCGCCCCGGAAGUCCAAGAAGUGCACCAUUCUAUGA